AAGCUCUUGAACCUCUGGCCUGUCACAUAUUAAGUUCCACUGACAAUUGUUAGUCGUGUUGACUUGAACUUGAGGGGCGCGUCUCUAAGCGGUGCCAGGAGCCCGGUGCUGCGUGAUUGCUUCGGUGCGGCCUGGGCUCCUUGUGUCGGUGGCCUUAGUGGCUCGUUUGGGUCCAUGGCGGCGGCUGGCGGAGGUGGAGGUGCGGGGGUCAGCAAGACUUACUCGUUCAAGGUGGUGCUGCUCGGAGAGGGCUGCGUGGGGAAGACUUCGCUAGUUCUGCGUUACUGUGAGAACAAGUUCAACGACAAGCACAUCACUACCCUGCAGGCAUCAUUUCUAACAAAGAAGCUAAAUAUUGGAGGAAAAAGAGUAAAUCUUGCAAUUUGGGAUACUGCAGGCCAAGAAAGAUUCCAUGCACUUGGCCCUAUCUACUACAGAGACUCUAAUGGAGCUAUAUUAGUUUAUGACAUUACAGAUGAAGACUCCUUCCAGAAGGUAAAAAACUGGGUGAAGGAGCUGAGAAAGAUGCUGGGGAAUGAGAUAUGCUUGUGUAUAGUAGGUAACAAAGUAGACUUGGAAAAAGAAAGACACGUCUCCGUUCAAGAAGCAGAAACGUAUGCAGAGUCUGUUGGAGCAAAGCACUAUCAUACUUCAGCUAAACAGAAUAAGGGUAUUGAAGAAUUAUUCCUUGAUCUUUGUAAAAGAAUGAUUGAAACAGCACAAACAGAUGAAAGAGCAAAAGGUAAUGGCCCAUCCCAGUCAGGAACUUCAAGGCGAGGAGUACAGAUUGUUGAUGAUGAACCACAGGCACAGAGCACUGGUGGAUGUUGUUCUGGAUAAUUACAUAAACUGUGUGGAUAUUUGCCCCAUCAGGAAGAUUUGCCAUAUCCCGAGUCACAUAUUCUCUUUCCAUUGGAAUAAUAGAAUUCAACAGUGUUUUAAAAAUCCAUAACAAGGCAAAGACAAAGUGCUUAAACUAGCGAGUUGUGACCAGAGAAUUGGUGUUUUCUACUGAGCAAUUACCAAUGGCCUUUUUACAUAUGUUUAUUUUUCUUUAUUGAGGAAUAAUAUGCAUGUAGAAAAGACCUACUUAAAGCUUCAUUUAUAUUCUUUUUAAAUCUGUUCCUUAUUUAAUAACUUAUACACAUUGUUAGGAUGGUAUGCACUUUUGCAGGCCUUUAUGUUUUGUUGAAAACUAAUUGUAUUUCUUCUAAAAUCCUUUUUUUUUUUUUUAUUGGCAGAUACCAUAAUACUAUUUUUUUUUUUUUUUAUUUGCAAGGUUUGCACAAGUCCUAACUAUACUCUUUGAUUAUACUUCAUCCAUUUCUGUAAGCUGAUCUCAUAAAUGGGCACUGUACAUUACAUAUUAAAUAUUUUAUCUGCUUUUCCAUGUGCAGAAAUGUU